CAAAAAGUACAAUAUUAUAAUUCCAAGAAUAUUUAAAUAUGAGCCACACUUAUUCUACUGGGCGAACAAGAGCAAACCAAACAAGACCUAAUGGUACAAGCGGAGCUCGCCCAACUGAUAGCAGCUUGCGCAAUCACAAAGCAACUCCGGAAACUUCAGCUCAGGAUAGAAUGGUCCGGGUUGAUGGAGCGUUCACAGUAAUUCCUCCUGAUGCAAAAAAGAGAGAUGCUAUUCAACGAGCCGCAAAGAAAGAAGAAGAAAACUACGACAAGUUUAAAGCAAGAAGCAAAAAGGUUUAUAAUGAAGUUGGAACACCCGGAGGUGGAUUAUUAGAAAAACCGAAGCCUUCACCAGCAUCUUCCAAUUUAUCAAACAGAAAUUACCUUCGGUUAAAACGAGAGGAGUAUAGAUCAGCUGUAAAAAAAGAAGAGUCAAAAAAACUUGAGGAUAUGAAACAAAUUCAACGUAAUAAGGCUUUGGUUAAUAAAGAAACUGAAAAACAAAGACAGAAGAGACUUGAAAGUGACCGUAGAAGAAAGAACGAAGCAUUCUUAAAUAAAUUAGAAAACAAAGAACCAGCUGAGUAUGGAAAAAAUCUCCAUUAUCAUAAUAAAGAUUCGUAG